AUGUUAUCCGAAAUUGAGCCCAAUGCCAAUGAACCUACAGACUUAACAAUAGCAAGAAAGGUAUGGAUCACAUCAUCUGAGCUGCUAUCUGAGAUAGUCGACUUACUUCCAUCAAAUAAGGGUAGACUGUCGUUAGUGACAUCUUUAAUCAAAGCUUACGGAUUAGACAGCAAAUGUGAAGAUAUAAUUGGCGUAGGACGAGUUAGAAGACAUGAUUUAGAAUCUUUUCACGGAAAGCAAUUUCUAUCUAUAUUACUAAAGAAUAGGCCAAGCAUUGACGUUGAUCAUGUUGAAUUGGAGAAAAUACGGGAGACUUUACAAAUUAGAGAAUACAAAGACAUACCCAAGACCCCAGGUACAGCACCUAAAGAACAUAUCGACAUAAUAAAAUUGGGAGAUGAGCUUGGGGAUAAGUAUAAUAAGAAUCAAAUAAAUGACAUAAGUGAUAGCGAUCUGGAGUUAAGCGAGAUCAAUGAUGAAAUAAUCUUGGUCGAACAUAAAGAACAGGAAGAAGAUAAUACAGAGCUUGAAAAUUUCGGAUUAACGCACGAUUGCUAUAUAUUUCCUUUUAUGGCAGAAUAUGUAAAUUUAGUUGCUGCAUCAAGUAUUCACUCAGCGAGUAGGUUAACUAAGGAAAGGAAAGAAAGUGUACAGAAUGUGGUGAUAAAUUGGUAUGGCGGGAGGCAUCACUGCAAAAAAAACAAAGCAGCAGGUUUCUGUUAUAUAAAUGAUAUUGUACUAUCAAUUAAUAUUUUACGUCGUAAUUAUAGAAGAAUAUUUUACCUUGAUUUAGAUUUACAUCAUGGAGAUGGAGUUGAAUCUGCCUUUGAAUUUUCUAAAAACGUUAUGACUUGUUCAAUUCAUAGGUACGAUAUCGGUUUUUAUCCAGGAACGGGAUCCUUGUCAAGUACACAGAAAACAAAAGUUAAUAUACCUGUAAUGAGAGGGUUGAGUGAUGGUAGCAUGUUACGAAUCGUGAAAGAUAUAGUUCUUCCACUUAUCAUGAACUUUGGACCUGAUGCAUUGGUGAUUCAGGCUGGCUGCGACGGCCUAUCAACAGAUGAACAUAAAGAAUGGAAUAUGACAAUAAAGGGCUACGGAAAGGUGUUACGCCUUCUAUUGAACAGUGUUGCUAAUACACCGGUCAUGAUAUUAGGGGGAGGGGGGUAUAAUCAUUCAGAAACCGCAAAGUGUUGGACUUAUCUUACUAGCAUCGCCCUUAGAUUAGAAAAAUUGAGUGAUGAAUGGGAUUUGAUUCCUGACCAUAAAUACCUUGAUGCUUAUCAGAAUUGUGGUUUUCAAUUUUGGACAAAUGAAAAUUUAAAUUCUACAAAAUUAAUGAAAGAUGAAAAUGAUAAUGAAUAUGUUGCAAAAAUUAAAGCUUAUAUUCUAGAUAAAUGUAUAUAG